UAUAUGUGUGUUUGUGUUUGUGUGUAAAUGUAAGCUUCACAUCAUAGAUGGACAGAUAAAAUGGAUAAUAACAUAUAGGAUAAAUAUAAUAGAUAAUAAAUAUUGAAUAUUACUGUAAAAAUUUCUAAACCAAUCUGGCUAGUAAACACAUAAAAUUAUACUCCAUCUAAACAAGUUUUCUCUUACACAUACACAUACAUACAAACACACAAACACACAAUAGUAUAUAUACUCCAUGACUAUUCUGAUUCUUUUAAGUUAAUUUUAAAUUGAUAAAUAGGCUUAUACUAUUUAACUGUGUGGGACUGAAAUUGAGGGUUUUAUCUGAAAUUCUCUGAUAGCAUUUUUUUUGUUUCUGCUAAACCUAAUAUACUGACAUAAAAACCCAUGGUGAAGACAGAGAAAAAGCAUGUGACUUGUGUGAUUCUUUUUUGAAAAAAAUGUCUAUUGACCACAUAUAAGAAGAUUUCAGCAUCCUUCAAAGUUGUUGAAUUUUUUCCAAUGUUUUAUAAAAUAGAUGAAAUAGCACGUUUCUUCUCUUCUAUAUACCAUGAAACAUAAUUUCCAUUUUUAUUAAAAUGAUUUUCUCACAUAAAAAGUAAGGUAAGUUUCUCUUCAAGUUUUCUAUGGUGACUUUUUAUUUAUAGGAUAAUCCAUCACUUGAACUCUCUAACAGCAUUCAAAUGAGAGAAAGCAGAAUAAAUGUGACUGAAUUCAUCCUCAUGGGACUGACACAGAACCCCCAGCUGCAGAGAAUUUUACUUUUGAUGUUACUUAUCACCUACAUUGUCACUGUCACAGGAAACCUGCUCAUUGUUGGGACCAUAGUCUGUAGCCAGACUUUGAACUCCCCAAUGUACUUCUUCCUGGCAAUUUUAUCUCUGAUAGAUGCAUGCUAUUCCUCUUCUAUCAUUCCUAAAAUGCUGGCAGAUUUGCUAUCAGAGACAAAAUCCAUCUCAUUCAAUGGCUGCAUGAUGCAACUUUUUGUUGAACAUUUCUUAGGAGCUUCAGAGAUUGUCCUACUUGUGGUCAUGGCCUAUGAUCGCUAUGUGGCUAUCUGUAGACCUCUGCACUAUGUGACCAGGAUGAACCACUGCACUUGCUGUUUCCUAGCAGGGGUGUGCUGGAUAACAGGUUUUCUCCACUCUUUUGGACAGAUACUUGUAACUCUAUGGAUUCCUUUCUGUGGCCCCAAUGUCAUGGACCAUUUUUGUUGUGACAUCUUCCCCCUACUACAACUGGCCUGUGCUGACACAUUCAUCCUUGGUCUCCUGGUUGCUGCCAAUGGUAGUGUAAUCCCCGUGAUCACCUUCACUAUACUGCUGAUGUCCUAUGUGGUCAUUUUGUGCUCCUUGAGGACACAGAGCUCUGCUGGGAGGAAAAAGGCUCUUUCUACCUGUGGCUCCCACAUCACAGUUGUGGUCUUGUUCUUUGUGUCAUGUAUUUAUACAUAUUUGCAGCCAGUGACAACUUUUCAUCUAGAUAAAGCCAUAGCAGUGUUUUAUACACUUGUCACUCCCAUAUUAAAUCCAAUUAUCUACACUGUAAGAAAUACAGAGGUUAAAAAUGCAAUUCGAAUGUUACUAAAAAAGAAUUCAAUCUUGGAUAAUAAAUGA